AUGCCAUAAUUUAAUUUAUUAAUAUUCAUAUAAUUUAUUAGCUGUAAAACAAACAGCAUUUUAAUUAAUUAAGUAGAAAUGUAAUAAAAAUUAUCUUAAAACUAAGAAUUAGAUUCUUUAAAAUCACAGUUAUUCUUUCUUUAAGAAAACCAACCUGAUGAUUAGACAUCUUAUGAGUUGUUGAUUACAAAUAUAAGCUAUAAAAUUUAAAAAAUAUCAGAUAAAAUUAAAUAGGAUUUCGAAGAAAUAGAUGAGAAAAGGGAUUUUUAGAAAACAUAGGAUUAACUGCCCUCUAUUUAGAAGUAAUAAUAGCAUUCUUAAUCUCAGAUAUUAAGAAAUAGCUCUUCAAGUAAAAGUGCAAAUCAUUAGAAUAAAAAUUUGACUGGAAUGCUUAGCUAAGAUAGGAGCCUACAAUUAUAAAAAGAGUUUUGUGGUGAAAAGUUUUAUAAACUUUAAAAAUAGGAUAAAAAAAGAUAUUCUGAGUCAGUAAGUGAUUUGUUAAAAAGCGCUAAAUUAGAAAUGAGCUAAUUAAGCAGAAAGCAAUCAACAAAAGUAUUGUAAGAUUCAAAAUUAAGUGAAACUAUUGAUCACAGUAUGCAGCAUUCUAUAUUAAAAAUGAGGCUAGCAAGAAAUAAUGUUGUCAAAUAAAUUUCUUAGAAGCUUAACAUAGAAGUACCUUUGUCUCUCUAAACUUCAACUAUAAAUCCUAUUUCUAAUUUAUCUAAUGUUGAGAAUUUAUCUUCUAUGCAACAAAAUUAUAAUUAAUACUCUAUGCAAUAAUAAUCUAGUAUUAUCAAUCAAUCAGUUUAGCAACAUAAUAUAAGCUAAAUUAGUAGAAUUGAAAAUUCUAUUAACAAUAAUAGUUCUAUAUUUAUCAACGAGGAUAGUAUAAUAUAGAAUUUUUAAGGUUUCUAAGAGAAUCAAUAAAGUUAAGACCAUUCCUUAUUGUAAAAAAAUAAAAAACCUUUCAAACUGAAAUUGCAUGAACCUAGAAUUCUUCCUAAAGAAUUAAGAGAAAAUCCAUUUGCUUUAAAACCAAUUGUAAAGGAAAAAGAUCUUUAAAUGGGUAUAUAUGAACUAGUUAACAAAGGUCUUAUUCCAAAAGACACUGACAUAGAACCUGCAUUUACUCGAGGAUAAUCAAUAUUUUAAGCAAAAAGGAUGAAAAUAUAGGAAUAAAAAGUGUAAAAGUAUAAUAAAGAUUCUUUCAUCGAAGGAAUUUAGAAAUAUUAAAGAUUAGCCAUGGUUGAUCCUAAUAAUCCCUCAAUAAAUAAAAUUAACAACAUUGAAUUGUAAUAAGAUGCUAAUGAUUUAUUAAAUUUAUCAAAAGAUAAUGAUAUUUUCAUUACAGAUAAUGUCCAAGAUUAAAAAGAAAAAAAUAUUGCUAUGUAAUAGGAAGAAAGUAUAGAAAUUUAAAAUCUACCUAUUAGCAACAAUCAGAGUGUAAUUAAUAAUUUAGAUUAGAAAACUUUUAAUAUUAGCAGCUUUAUUGAAAAUAACUUAAAUUCUAAAUGUGAAGACUCUGUACAAGUUAACUAAUUUUUAAAAGGAAAAAAAUAGAUCAAAAUUCAUAUUAAAAAUGGGAUUUUGAUUGAUAAUGAGCACUUAAAGUACUUAAAAAAUUAGUACUAUGAAAUAUGGGGAAAUAUAGUUCAUAAUCUAUGUAGACUAAAGAAUUAAUGCGUCAAAUUUCGUAUAAAUAGCAUGCUUAUUGAUGGCAACCUUAUAGCUUACCAUUCAAAAGACCUGUUGAAAACUAAAGAUGAUAUUCUUUUGGAGUGUAUAAUGAACAAAGAUAUUAUUGAAAAAAUAAUUCCUAAUAAAUCUAAGCAAGCUCAUGCAGUCAUGAUAAAAGCAUGGGCUGUAACAAAAUUUAUGUAGUUUUAUAAAAUAAUAAAAGCAAAGAAGGAGUUUAAAUAAAAGAAAGAAAAAUCUGAGAAUAGGAAAAAUAAAUUUUAACUUGUUGUUUUUUGGCUCAGAUACUUUAGCAAAAAAAUAUAAAUACAGAAAAUGUUAAAAGAAAAAGAAAAAAAAUAUGAAAAAAUAAUGUCAGAUUUUAAAGAUAAUUGGGGUAAUAUAAAAAAGCAAGAAAGAUACGAAAUACAUAUUUGCAGCUAUUCUUUAGAUGUAUUUUAGAGAAUUACAAUGAUAAAUUUGAAUGAAAGGCAGAAUUCUUAAAUACUCAGAAUUUUUUCCUUAUAAGAUCCAAAUGUGAAUAUAAUAUACGUCGUUCCUGGAAAUCUUUUACAAGAUAUAUAAAAUUAUUUACAAAAGUUAUUUCAAAUUAAUCAUAAAGAAGAGUAUUUGAAAAGAAUCCAUUUUAUAAUCCCUGAGAAUAUUGAUAAAUUUCCUUAACACUUUUCUUUAUCUAAAAUCCUUUAUUAUUCGCCUAUUAGUUUAAAAUACAUAAAAGAAUAAAUAAAGGGUAAAAUUGCUUAUAUAGUUCCAAGCAUACCUAAUAUAGAAGAUAAAAGUAUAGGCCUUUAUUUAGAAAUACCUUUAUUAUGUGGGAAUAUUGAGAAUGUUUGCAAACUGAAUAGAAGAGAUUAUGGAAGAAUGCUCUUAAAGGAAUUAGAUAUCCCUCUCACUCAUGGAGAAGAAUUUAUAUUUUCAGAAGGCGAGCUCAUAAAUAAAUUAACGUUAAUGAUAAUAAAAGAUGUAAAUAUCACUACUUAUUUUGUUAAAUUAAACAAUGAAAUUAAUGGUAGAGGUAUAGCUCAGAUCUAAUUAGAAAAUGUCAAGUAUUUCCGUAAACUUAGAAAUAGUAUAAAUUAUCAAUUUACAGAAAAAAGAAUUAUGAAAAUCAGAAAAAUCAUAGAAGAAAUACUACCUUUAAAGCUAGUUCCGUGUAUGGAUUCUUUGUUUAAUAACUACUAUGAGUUUUUAAAUAGAAUUAUUGAUACAGGUUGCAUAAUUGAAGCUGUAACAAAUUAAAAUAUCAUAGGUUCAAGCUAAAUAACUUUGAAAAUAGAACCUAAUGGUGAUAUUUAAUACGUGGCUUCAUUUGAUAAAAUACUCAUACAUGAUGUAAUUACUUGUGGUGUUACCUUUCCAUAAAAGAAUCUAAUAAAUUUAGAUGUUAAUAAAUUAUGUAGGACUAUUGGAGAAAAAGUAUAUAGUCGUGAUGUUUGGGGAUUUGUGAAAAUUGAUUUUAUUACUUUCGCAGAAAGUGAAAAAGAAAAAAAAACUGGUCUAAGAACUUAAUUAUUUUAAAUUAUAGGAAUUGAUUGUAUGCUAGAUUGUAAUACAACAUCUUAUUUCCUUUUUAAUUUUCUUUAAGAGGGCUAAUCGUUAAUUAACAAUACUCAAUUCUCUUAAAAUAAAUAAAUUGAAGAUCCUAAAAAUUUAUCUCCAAACUCUAAAUUUUAUGAAUCAAAUAAAAAGUAAAAUCUACAACCUGCAAAUAAAAAUAUGCUAUAAUCUGACGGAGAUUUUGAUAGGGAUAGUAAUUAAAUACUAUCUAAUUAACCUUUACAAAUUCCAUAAUAUCAUCUUAAAGAAAAGUGUUACACCUACAUUCCAAUGGUUUUUAACUAAGGACUCAGUAAAUUUAAUCCAAAAUAAUUCUUCUAAUUGUGUAAAAAUCAGUAAAUUGCUUUCGAUAUUUAGAGCAUGAAUGGCACAAUAUUUAUUUUACCAGGCUCUCUGUAGAGUGGUAUGAUUAACAUCUUUUGCAUAGGAAAUGACUUAAAACUUAGUGUAAGCAAUAUGGUUGAAAGUUUACACUUUGUAGCUAACAAAUUUGGAGAUUAAAUAAAAAUUCAUUUUGAUAAAAAAAAAAAUAGAUAAGAUAGUUAUUACUUAGUAGAUGUUUUAGGUAGAGUAAGAGAAUUAAACAAAAUUCUGUAGCAUACUCAUUGA